CUCCUUCCUUCCUUCCUUCCUCCUUCCUUCUCUCUCUCUCUGUUCUCUGUUGCGAGGUUGCUUUUUCCUGCGAGCGUGGUGCGAGGCUGAACUGGUCUUUGGCCCGUUUCUUCUGCAGAGCUUCCACCCUUCUUCUUUUCGUCGACACCGUCUGGUCUUUGAAUCAGUUCUUGGCGAGGACCAGUUGCGGUGAUUGAAGCAGAAGGGAGAGAACAGCAUGCGUUGCUGGUUGAGUCUCUCUGUUGAUGUCUUCCGCGAAGUCAUCUCUUUGAAUCUAGAUUGCAGAGUCAUUCUAUAAUUUGGAUUACCGACUUUGAGCUUCAUUUCACGCUCUGUUUCACUAGAACCUUUAUUUUAUAAUGGGGUCGAAUUUCUUUGUUGUCGUUCCCUGCUACGUCCGCCAAAUUAGCUGAAUAUCAUGCCGUCCACUUGUUCCGAUUCAGAUUUCGCCCGAGAAGUUGGUCAUUAACUUUCGUCUCUUUUGGUCAUUUGAGUUUGGGAAUUUGUUUCUUGGGAUCAUCAGUCUGUUGUUUUCUGCUUCACUUUCCGGGUCUAUAUUUGCUCAUUCAUUCUGGUUGUUGAUUGAUCCGUGUUGAAAGAUUUAUCUCCUUCAUAUUCUUGAGAUCUGAGGGGUGGGGAAGUGUAGUUAUGGUGUGCCAAGCAGCAAGCCAGACAAGAUUUCGGGCAAUGAAACACGAAAAUGGGACUGCUGGGAAUUCAACAAUAGUUGUUAGAAUCAUAGCAUGCUUUCAACCUCUUCAUGAUUGCCAGGCCGAAUAUUUCCGCCAUUUGCUAAAACCUGUCACGUAGAUUGAUCUAGUUCUAUACUUUUCAAGUUUAGCUGGAGUUUUUAGGUUCUUUCCCCUUUGUUUUUUUGGAGGAAACAGCAAGUGAGCAACAACUUCAAUUGAUAGAAACCUUCUUUGGGUGACUGAUCGAACUCGAUCUUUGGAUGGGAGAAUAUUUUGGGGCCUGGAAUUCACGGCAUUUCAAUAUGCAAUUGCCUACUUUCGAUCCAUUGUCUGCUCCAUUUGCUCUGGGGCAUGAAUAUGUCCUUUCAACUAGUGCAGUCACAGGUGCGAAAAUGAUCUCUAAUGAUGCUGGGUGGCCACCACAUGCCCAUAAAGAACUGCCUACUUCACGUAUUGGCCAAUUUGAUGAAGCUCACGGUUGGUUUUAUUGUCUGCCACGCUUUAGGCAGGCUUUUAUACCAGAACUUAACAGUUCUGUUCUUAAAGACAGAUCUCUUGUUGGUCCUUCAGUAGAUUUCGAUGUUGACAGUAGACCGUGGACGAGUUCUGGAUUUGUUGAGAAGAAAUUUGUUGUUUUCGAUCAAGCGGUGGGCCAUACUAGGAUAUUUUAUAGCUCAGGGAUAAAAAUUCCCAACCAUUGCCCAAAUUCCCUGGGUGUCCCUCAUCACAUCAAUGAAGAAGUUGUGAGAAGGAAAAGCGACGUAAAUUUUCUGUCUGGACCGACCACCCCCAACUUUAAGGAUGAUCAUGGGGAUGAUGUGCAAAGCGAGAUGCAUGAAGACACAGAAGAAUUGAAUGCUUUACUUUACUCGGAUGACGAUUCUGAUGACUCUGAAGAGGAUGAAGUUGAUAGCACUGGUCAUUCUCCUAGCACGAUGACGGCUCAGGAGAAGGAAGAAUAUUUUGGAGAAAGCACGGAGGUUGUUGCCAGCUCUGCAUGGCCAACAAAGAAGCGAAGCCUUGUGGAUGCCUCGAGUUCUUCCACUCAAAACCGACACAAUGAGAAUGAAAUUGAGGCAGAUUCUAAUGCCGGUGAUAGGAGCAGUUUUUCAGGUGAAGUCAAUUCCACGUGCUGCAACAAAAGGUUGUGCAAGGAGAGAAUUUGCGAGACUGUGAGCCUUUUGGAGAAAGUACUUCCUGGCACAAAAGGAAAGGAUGCGACUGUUGUACUCGAUGAAGCUAUCCGUUACUUGAAUUCUUUGAAGGAUGAAGCCAAAGCUUUGGGAUUUUCUACUAUGUGACUUGGACAUAAAAUCUGCGGUUGCCCUUGUCACAAUUACUCCGCGAUACAUUAUUUUGGCGAGGAAGCACAGGGAAUAAGUUGAGUACGAGGCUGUUGAAUUUCUCUAUUUAACAGUUCAAGCAUUUGCACUUGGAAGUGAUGGUGAAGUUGGACGGCUGCAUAAACAAAUUCUUGGUUCUGUCGUCCUUUGGUAAUGGUUGGUACAAUCAGCGGGAAUGAGAUUUGGCUUGUGGUCUUCCUCUUGCAUAGUGUCGUGACUUUUGGCAAAACAUUGCUUGCCGUUCUUCAUGCCGAUGGACCGUGUACAGAGUCUGGAUACUAUUGCCGUUACUGAUGGGGGAGCCGACUCAUGCUUGCCCGUCCCCCAGUCUCUCUUGUACUUUGUGCAGGAUCAAUGUGGGAGCCCACUCAUGCUUGCUCCCAGCCCCCAUUCUCUUUACUUUCAUCACUCAUACGUUGGGUAGGAUCACAGGCAGAGACAAUGUCCGCCUGCACCAUGUUAUUCAUAUUGUGCUCCCAAGUCGUUGUGUAGGUACUCUGUUUGAUCUCUUAUCCAUCAGGGACGCUGAUGGUUUGAUUAUUUGACAGUAUCAGUUUAGUAAAAUGUUGGGGACAGUGGCUGCUGCUAGAAAGUUGUAAGCGUUUUGCUGCAUUUGGUUUUAAGUGUGCUGUUUAUUA